ACCUGGAGCAGCUCACACUCCGCUCACCUGCCGCCGCCCGGGACUCCCUGCUUCGGCCUCCCCGCUGCCGCGUUCCCGGCUCCCCAUCAGCAGGAUCCAUGGAAAAGUCCAAGAAUUUCCGGAUUGAUGCCCUGCUGGCCUUAGACCCCCCCAAGGCUCAGACGUCCCCCCUGGCCCUGGUCACCUCGCUGUCCUCCUCGUCCCUGUCUGCCUCCGGGAGCCCGGCCUCUGACCACCCAGACAUGAGGACUGAGAGCCCGUCACCCCCUCGGAGCUGCGGGCUGGUGCCCAAGCCGGGCUUCCUGAGCAGCCACCAGCACCCGGGCAGCAUGAUGGGCUUACACCACCCGGGGGGCUUACACCCACAGGCUGCUCUUUAUGGGCACCCGGUCUACAGCUACUCUGCAGCAGCGGCUCUGGUGGCCGGGCAGCACCCAGCUCUGUCCUACCCCUACUCCCAGAUGCAGGGAGCACACCAUGCACAUCAGAUGGACCCCAUCAAGCUCAGUGCGGGCACCUUCCAGCUGGACCAGUGGCUCAGAGCCUCCACUGCGGGCAUGAUGCUCCCCAAGAUGGCAGACUUCACCUCUCAGGCCCAGUCCAAUCUGCUCGGGAAAUGCAGGAGGCCCCGCACAGCUUUCACCAGCCAGCAGCUCUUGGAACUGGAACACCAGUUUAAGCUGAAUAAAUACCUCUCUCGGCCGAAACGCUUUGAAGUGGCCACAUCCCUGAUGCUGACAGAGACCCAGGUAAAAAUCUGGUUCCAGAACAGACGUAUGAAAUGGAAGAGAAGUAAGAAGGCGAAAGAACAGGCCGUUCAAGAUGCAGAGAAACAGCAGAAAGGAAGCAAGGGCAGCUGUGAGGAGAAGUGUCCAGAGGACAAUCAGGAAGAAAAGACUUCCACCUAUCGCCUACACUCCAGAGGGGAGUCACUUAAAGCGGGUAGCCGCCUGCCCAGGGACUAUACAGACAGCGAGGAGGAGGAGGAGGGGGACCAAGAUGAUGAGGAGGAUGAGGAGACUAGAGAUGACAAACACUUCUAUCAUCAUUCAUCUGACUGCACAUCUGAAGAGGAGGAGAACAGUCACAAACAGAACAGUCAAUUGCACUGAGCCCAUUACUGGGACAGCAACACUGUCAUGGACAACUCAUAGUGUCUACAGAGCAUCUGGUCCAGUAUUGUACAGGGGAGCCAGACUUCCUAUCGUCGUAUAUAUAUUAGGAAAAUGAAAGACAAAGAUAUUGACUACAUUUUAUUUUAGCCUCAUAACGGACACUUCUUUCUCUUACUAUGGUGACAUUCAAGCACUGUUUUAUUUCACCAGUGAUCCUCAGUGAGCUUCUAUAUGUUACCCACAUACAACCACAGUACUACUGGAGAUAAAUGAUGGACAACAUGUUCCCUCCUGCUGUGUAGAGGAGAUGAAUGUAGAAAUUGACUCUAAAGACAGUGAGAUAGCAAUGGAACAUGGAUUCUCUCUGUGAAAGGACCACUUGUGUUGAUCCUCUGUAUAUGUUUACUUCAUGAAUGGUAAACCUGCUGGAGAUAUCACAGCUAUAUACUGUAUUUUUGUAUAUUGUAUUUAUAAAAGAAA